AUGGCAUAUAAUUUGGGCUUUUAUCACUUUUAUUCUGAAUUCCAAGCAAGGUGUUAUCAGAUGCUUGGCGCUCGUAAUGGGAACGCCUCCAAAUGCCAAUCCCUCAGCCUUACGUCGCGACGAUCUCCUUUUUGUCCCGUGUUUGUCCCGUUUCUUUUCUGCCAUCUCCCUUCCACCUCUCCUACUUUUAUACCUUUGCUAAACUUCUCUAUUUUCGAGAUACUACUGCUUAUACACUGCACAGAUUGUUCCCCAUCCAGUGCGCGAAGAUGAGUGCAGAGACCACGAUUGCAGUUCCCCCGCCGCCCGACCAGCCGAACCCCACCGACCGUGACGUCACCGAUAAGGAGCAACACGCCGCCCAAACAAUCCAGGUUCGACUAAACUUCAAUCUUCUCAGAACUCUGUCUGCGUCGCUGACCUACUUCUUUGCUCAAGAGAGUAUACCGAGGCUAUCGUACGCGGAGAGAGUUACGCGGGCUCGGACUCUCGCAGCACUCACAGAACACAUCGCGACUAAUCGAGGCCGUCAAAGAAGCCGAAUGGCGUCAGAUACACCGACCGUCCGCGCCCAAAGACACCAACGAUCUCGACAGCGCCGCCCAUGCGCGUAAGAACUGGCUCCGUGCCGUUAGCGUGGCCAAGCGAGCCGGGGGCGACGAUGACGACGACCUCCUGCCCGCGCUCCCCGACGAGCCCGCCUCAACCACA